AUGCAGGACCUCAUCGACCAUUUGCCUAAACUACCUGAAAUCCAACAACAAAAACUCACUAUUCCAGAAUUCGAUGAAAUAGAAGUCGGACUGACUGACUCAGUAGAAAUAAAGAAGUUCAUACGAAAGGUAAACUAUGAGUUUCUAGGAUUUCAUUGCAACCAUAAGGUUAUGGACAAAGAUUGCGACAUGGUAUAUAAGAACAUCUCUGACCUUUACAAAUCCGAAGAAUUUAAGACCUACGACAACUUUGUUUCAUUAGUUGCAAAAUGUGUUUGGGAAAUAAGAGAUAAAGAUAGAAGAGGCAAAGUAUGGAACGAACAAAUAAGACCCGCUAUGUUCGAGAUGAAGAAAACCAUUGACGCCUUAGUUGUUUUAGCAGGUAAGGUUUCAGAAUAUAACGCAAAAAUGAACCCGCAAUGUUCUAAAUGUAAGGCAGCAAUGAGGAAAUAUAACUACUCCGUCAAAGAGAUAGAAAGAAUGAGAAACGACUAUGCAGACUUAAAGAAAGAAGUAGAGAAACCAGCAGAAGAUAAAAUGGACAUGUUGACAUUUCUGAACAAAAACUAUCCAACAGCUGACGAUUUCCUUCUUUCAGAUGUCAAGAAGAAAUAUAAAGAAACCUUCGGCAUUGUUAAAACAUUCGAUGUACUGACAGAAGAAAUAGAAGCUACAAAAUUGUUUAGAGUCAUGAACCAUCGCAACAUAUACCAUGUAAAACGCUUGUAA